AUGUUGCGACUUUUGGCGUGUUUCGUAGUCUUCAUCGUCUAUGGAUCUGCUGUUGCCUUCUCCAUUGAUAUCAAUGGCUGGUAUCCAUGCACUUUAACAGAAGAAUCUUCUGAGCCACUCCUUAAUGACAUCAGCUUCGAAUGUGCCACAAUUGAGGCGCCACUUUGCCAUUCUGGAAUCUGCAACAGUUCGAAAACCAUCGAUCUCUUUGUCAAGCGAAAACUAGCGCCAACAAAGUCAAACCAAAAGUCGAAUGCUCACAAAAGCGUGUGGUUCUUGGCUGGUGGACCUGGAGCAUCAUCUGCUGAUAGUACGUAA